AUUGUUAUAUGCAUCGUUGAUAAGAUAAAUAAUAGUUUUAAUUUUAUACGUUUUUGUAACGAUCUGUCAAAGCUGCAGUACCAUCAUUGACCCCUAGAGGUCCUCCAAUUAAUAGUCAAGUCACGUUUAUUUAUUCAUUCAUUUAUUUAUUAUUUAUACGUGUUAUUCAUUUAAUCAGUAAGCAGUUCUGCAGAAAACAGUGAUGUCAUCGUCCAGCUCUGUUCAGAUUAUCUCUACUCGUCACAUCACGUGUUUGUGUGUUAUCAGUGACCGCUGUGUUUUCGCGCUUACCUGUGCUCAUCAAGUCUCGCAGAAGUGCAAAAUAUUUGUGCAUUUCAUCCUACUCUCAGGCGCAAGCGCUGUGCGAUCUUCAGAAAUUAGAGUAUGGAAAAAAUUAAAGACAUUAUUCCCGAUUAUCACGAUGGGGACUUUCUGUGCCCUAAAAGUGGGGCAAAGCUGGCCUCUCUCUUUGGUCUGGACCGAGCAGAGAGUCAGGGAAAUGAGUCCUUUCAAUUCACUGCCCCUAAACAGCCGAAAAAGACCUGCGCCAUAUUAGGUCCGCCUCCUCAGAAGCCCGCCCCUCCUCCAUGUGCUCCAGCUGUGAUGUUUGCUACAGCCGUUCACGCAUUCUGCUUUGUGAAUGGACAGUAUGUGAAGCAAGGCAAGAUAGGAGCUGCUGUUUUAGGAAACCAUGUCACCAAGGAGUACAAGAUUCUGUUGUACGGCAGUAAACAAAAACCGAUCACUACGGCUAGAAUCUAUCGUGGAUUUGUCCUCACAGUUCAGCCCUGUAACUAUGUCACUUUCUAUGAUGACCAGCAACAGAGCUGGUCUUUAAUGUUUGACUCAGAAAAGUCCAGGCCUGAGUUCUGUAAGGAGGUGUGUGUGGCCAGGUGGAACAGUGAGGCUUCAUCAGACUCUCUGGUCACUCAGGACCUGGUCCAAGGCGAAGGUCAAGCUGUUGAUGUUGGGGACACAGUGGAGGUGGCCUAUUCUGGAUGGCUUUUACAGAACCAUUCUCUUGGGCAGAUAUUUGAUUCCAGUCUGGGAAAAGAAAAGCUGCAGCGAGUAAAACUUGGAGCAGGCAAAGCUCUGAGGGGAUGGGAGGACGGGAUGCUUGGUAUGCAGAAAGGAGGUCGACGGCUUAUUAUCGUCCCUCCUAGUAUGGUUUCAAAGGGCGUCCCUAACCAUGUGCCAGAAAACAGCACUCUGGUCUUUGAUGUAGAGAUUCAUAGAGUUAAAUUCUCCAAAGAGCGACAUAGUGGGGGAUCAGUUGACACCUUCAGUACAUCUCCAGGAACCUGUUCAGACACUCUGAGUGAAGAAAACACCAGCCAAUUGGUCACAACCGAUACAGAGGAGUCAAAAGACCAAACUCCUAAGGGGAAGGUGGAAUCUGUAAGUGAAAACCUGACAACUUCAGGUGCAUCCAAAGCCAGGCUGAUGUCCCGUAUAGCCAAGAUGGGUCAAGCCAUGCUUCCAUUUCUCACUGGGGCCAUUCCAGCUCAGCCUGACCCCAGUGAUUCAGAAACAGAGGAUGUCAGUGAAUCUGGACAUACCUGUGAUCUCUCUCCUUCACAUUCACCCUCCCCAAAACCUGCACAAAUGCCAUGCAGUCCUCCAUCUUUGUUGUGUCAGCCUGAUGAUGCUCAGAAACAGGAUGCAGUGCCACCUCACGCAGACUCGGACACUACUCAAGGCUUUCAGCCAUAUUCCUUCAGACAAAAUCCAUAUUUUUCAUCACAGCUAAAUUCAUUUCCCUCAAUCUGCCCAUCCCAUAUUCCAUACCAAACACCUGAUAUUACAACAUUCUUGAUAUCUGAGGCUCGCCAGCAUAACGCAGAAAUUCUGCUGGCUAUAGAAAAGGUGGCGCACAGGAUGGACCUACUCACUUGCAAGGUGGACGAGUUGCAAAAAGAGGGUCGCUUCUCUUUUGGACUCUCAUCUGUCUCCUUAGAAACAAACAAGAUCCUGCACAACAUUCAGAGAAUCAUUCAGGAGAGCAUGGCUCUGAAGAAUGAGGUUCUGGAGAAGAGUUCACAAGUGGAGGAACAGAACCACAAAACAGGGGAGCUGAGUGGACAGAAUAAGAGGAAUUUGGAGCAGCAACAUACUCAGACUCGCCGCCUUCAGGAUGAACAGGGAAAGAUUCAUUUAUCCGAGGAAUUGAGUUCCUCCACCACACAAGCAUAUCAGCUGCAGCAGGAAAUGGUGAAUCUCCAGCAGAUGGUUACAGAGAUUCAGACUGAUCUCAGUGCGGCCCUGGAGGACAAACACAAGCACUGUGCUCAGAUCAGCCUUCUGCAGGAACAAGUGAAAGAGCUUGUGAAGCAAGGAGAACAGUCUGAGCAGCGGUGGAGAGCAGAGAAGCAGAAGUGCAAAGAAAUGGAAACAGUUAUACAAAACAUGGAUGAGGAGAUGCAAGAUCUGAGGGCGGAAAAGUAUGAGGAUUUAAAGAAGACAUCAGAAAAUAAGAAAAAGCAGUUUGAGACCCAGUUGGCGGUUCAGGUGAAACGAGUGAUGAAUGGAGUUUUUCAGUCUCUCAAGACAGAGUUUGAUCCGCAGGAGUCUUACAGUGGACGCAUAGUGUGCGAGAUUCUCCAAAACACCAUCAAGAGUAUCACCAUGAAACUCCUCUCAGAAAUUUGGGAGAUUGAAUCAGACAUAGAUAAAGUUGAGGAAGAGUACCAACUGAGAUCUACUGAUCUACUUUCAGAUGGAAAACAUGCAGAAGGAAAACAAUGAAAUGAAGGAAAAAUGGCCAACAAUAAAAGGAAGGUAUUUUUGUGACCAGAACAAUCUGUAGAUCAGGACACCUGCAUUUACUGUACAUGUGGAUACUGCACUGUUGAACCACAGGCAUUGCUUCACAUAUUGAGACCCUGAAAGGAGAAUUGAUACUGAUACCUGAUAGUGAAGAAUCCUAAUUAGUUCUGGUUCACAACAACAGCGUACUUUAACAGCAAAACAGUGAUAUAACUGACAAGGUUGUAAGCAGGUCCUAAAAGUAACUUUUCGCCACACCUGCCAAAGGCCGGGGACUUAAGAAAAUUUACCGGCCAUAAAUAUUUUUUACAGGCCAUGAAACUUUUUUUGCAAUACCAGGCAGUUGUGACACCAAAAUUUUAGAUGGCAGUAAAAAUUCACAAUUCCCUAUUCCAAUUCCACAGCUAAAACUACUAGCCUAACUAAUAUAAAUUUAAAACAUUACUAAAGACAAGUAACAAUAGCUUUCAGGUACAGACAUUGAAUGAAGUAAUCAAAUGUAAAAUAACACUGUAUAAAUUAAACUAGAUUAAUCCUUGUUAAAGUUACAUAACCUAUUUUGUUGUUUGAUUAACAUUAAAAACACAGACAUCAGCAGAAAUAUUAGGCUGCUGUCACUUUAAGACUGAUGCGUGUCCACGUGCUUUGUCUUUCUCUACUGUUUACAUUCACUUAAGCCAAAACCAACAAUGUUUACUAGGAUACUCGCUGAGACAGGCAUUUGUUGAUAAUAUUUUGUGUGAAUUUGUCCUUUCAGCGAGAAAGAGAGCUCAGUUCAGUAUUCGCACACUGUCUGAGAUGCAGUUUUAAGGAAUUGAGUUAUUUUUUGCAUCUUCUUGCUCUUUAAUAUUCAAACUGGCAAGACUUAAACUUUUGUGAGGAUGCAGUACUUGCCCGUAAACUGUCCUGAGCGUUGUUCAAGUUUGUUUGCGUUCAUAUUCUUACAACAUAUCAUUGUUAGUAUUCAUAAAAAUGUUACCGGCCAACUGGCGAUUGACACUGUUUCAUAGACUCGCCAAUGCUGAUUUUUCCACAUUUGGCGCUUGGCGAGUGUUAAUUUUAGGGCCUGGUUGUAAGUUAACUAGAUGCAAUAUUUACUUGUACAUGUUUUAAGAAUUGUCUUAAAAGAACAUCCUCUAAUUUAAUAUUUGACUGUAUUUAUAAUAGAGCUGUCAAUCAGUUAAAAAACAAUGAACUAAUGAAUUGCACAUUUUUUUGUAAUUGAUCAUGGUUAAUUGCACCUAACAUUAAAACUUUAUAUAUUUAUAUAUUGUAAUAAUUUCACAUUGAGUCUUCAAAUUAAUGUUGAAACAACAUAAACAGUACAAUUGAAAGCCAUCAUUUUAACAUUUAAUUCUCACUUAAUAAUAUUGGGUUUAAAAUAGCCCAACUAUGAUGAUUUCAGACAAUAAUAACACAACUACAGAUUUCCUUUGUCUGAGAGUAGCUGAGAAAAAUUUCAAUGUAUGUUUUAUUUGUGUAAUGUAUAAACAUGUUUUGUUGUGUGUCUGUGUUGAAAACAUUUAGUAGUUUCUCAAAGAGAGAGUUCACCCAAAAAUGAAACAUUGCAGAAAUAAAAGUUUUUUUCAUUUA